AUGCUGCCCCGGAUGAAAUACCGUAACCCAUCUAUCCCGAUCGAAAUAGCACGACACAACGAUCCCGACGGCCCCUCACUCCUUCACGUUCACACAAGCAAAACCCAACCCGCGACUGGCUCCACAAAUUCGCCCACAGCCCAACAGUCAGACUCCUCACCACCGUCCGGCACGCCGAACCCACGCAAUACUCUCGUGCCUGAUACCUCGAAGCCCACAUAUACAAUUGACAUCAGAGAUCAGUCAGAAAGCGAGAUCUUGGAGGCACUAGUACAGAAGACGGGCGCGCAGCAGCUCGAGCCAACCGAACAAGAGCUGGCUGAGAUGAAAGAGAUCGAAGAGUUUAAGGAGCGGUCUGAGGCGGACAGAGUGCAGGUUAGGGAGAGGUUAUUGAAGGAGCGGAGAGAGGCUGAGCUGCUCAAGUUGGCGAGGGGAGAGGUACCGGCUACAAACUAA